CUCAUGCGUCGAACUUCGGUAGCCACGCAGCCCAUCACCGCCUAAUACCACCACGCCUUAUCAUCGUCGCAUCCCGCGACGGCACAACGAGGAAUCGAAGCGAAAGGGGAUCGACAAAGAAAGAAAGAGACAUCUGUGAGAUAAAUCACGGAGAGGUCCAUCCAUGGGUGAACGGGAAUUUGUUGAUAAGGAUAAGUUGAUUCUAAGAGGCUUAAAGUUUCAUGGUUUUCAUGGAGUGAAACCAGAGGAAAAGAAGCUAGGGCAAAAGUUUGUUAUUGAUGUGGAUGCCUGGUUAGACUUGAAUGAUGCUGGUAAAUCUGAUGAUAUUUCCGAUACAGUCAGUUAUACUGACAUAUACCGUAUAGUUAAGGAAGUUGUGGAGGGUCCAUCUCAAAACCUUUUGGAGUCAGUAGCUCACUUGAUUGCAAAUACAACACUGCUCAAACAUCCUCAGAUAUCUGCUGUCAGAGUGAAGGUCGGCAAACCUCAUGUGGCUGUUCAUGGCACCAUCGACUACUUAGGCGUCGAAAUACUCCGAUACAAAAAAAACUGAUAUAAAAAGAAGCAUGAGCCCUUGGUAUGAGGCUAUGUUAAGUAUCACUUUUUUUUCCGAUGCCUACACAAUUAGCACAUCGCUAAUUUGAGGCAUAGAAAUCUCAUCGUCGAACAGCUUCGGUUGUAGUGAUUUAAAAAUCAGAUGGUUCCCCUUGCUCUUUCUUUCUUUCUUUGUAGAACUUUUAAUCUUAUGGAAAUAACAAGCUUGACUUAUUUUA